AUUAAAGAUUUGGUGGUAGCAAAGCAAUGGGUUACAAGCAAUCCCCGGCCUUGAUUGUGGUGGCUCUCCUCCUCUUGGCCACCGCGACUCCUCUUGCCUAUGGCCAAUUACCACGGAAUCCUACUGGCUUCGUCACUGGUGCAAUCUGCUGCACAUCCAGCGGAACCUGCACCCCUGGAGCGGUACGGAUCCCAGGAGUGGCGCUGAGGCUGAACUGCACCACUCUCCUAGGAAAUGUGGUGACGCUCGCCCAGGGCGUCACCAAUGCCACUGGUGUUUUUAACCUCACUUUGCCAAACCCUUUGGGCCCUGUCAUCAACACAAUCCUACCAUAUUUUAAGACAACAAGACUCUUGGGUCCAGAGCGGAAAGAACUGAGGCUCUGAUACCAACUGUAACAGCCCGGCAUUUCUAGGGUAUAAUAAAUACGGCGACUGUUAACUAGGAGAACUUAAGGCAACAAGAAAUGUAGACUAGGGUUUCAUUUAGAGAAAUUUGACCAAGUAUUUAAUGGGGCA